AUGUGUUUUUUAUAUUUUUUCCGUCUUUUAAACUUGGUAGAGCGCGCAACUGAUAGCGGUCAGCCUGCUGAAGAUUGGGCAUUGAUUCUUGAAAUUUGCGACGCACUCAAUGAAACAGAUGAUGGCCCUAAAGAGGCCAUUAGAGCCAUUCGUAAGCGACUUUCCUCUUCUGCUGGAAAGGAUACUAUUGCUGUUUGGUACACUCUCACGCUUUUGGAGACCUGUGUGAAAAAUUGUGGCCGGCGCUUUCAAUCUCAAGUUGCGAAUAAGGAAUUUCUUCACGAUAUGAUUAAAAUUCUGGCGCCUAAACACGAUCCCCCUCAACAAAUUCAAUCUAAAGUUCUUUAUUUAAUCAAG